CUGCAACACGCUAUCGAUGUGGUGGAUGAGGAGCGCUACGACACAGAGGCCAAACAAGUAAAGACGCAAAAGGAGAUCGAUGACCUGAAGAUGAAGGUGGUGGAGCUAGCCGGAGUGAAGAAACCGGCCCUGAAGAAGGUUCGCAUGUCCGCGGACGACAUGCUGAAAGCUCUGCUGGGCUCCAAACACACCGUCAACAUGGACCUGAGGGCCAACCUGAAGCAGGUCAAGAAGGAGGUCAAAGAAGAGGAGAAAAAGGACCUUGUUUCUUCUAAAGAGGCCUACAUGUCUCAGAACUGCCCAGGCCCCGAUCUGGCUGGAGACCAGGCGACCCUCAUGGAAACCUGCAAAAAGUUGGCCGCUCUCGUUGACAAAGUGGAUGAAGACAGAUACGACCUGGAGUCUAAAGUAGGCAAGGCUGAUAAAGAGGUACGAGUUCUGUAUGCUUUUCUUCCAGUUGGAGAAUGUUUCAUUGACUUGAAAACGCUGUGA